AUAGGUAAGGGAUGGCUGUGUCUCUGUUUAUCUUGCAAGAAUACCAUCAAUCGCUCUGUAGACUGGUUUGUUUUGUAUAAGCCACCAAGAUCACAAACCUCUCCUCCAUACAGACAAGGGACUGAGUUUUACUACUAUGACUCCAAUGGUGAUUCCUUUCAGCUCCAGGGUGCUAGCAUUCUAUCUAGACCAGGAAAUCCGCUAUACUAUACGAUUCACCAACGAAAUUUCACGACUAAUCCAUUUUAUGGGAUUUACAACGAUCAACCACCAAAGCCCUACAAAAAUCCAUCUAAUAAGUUCGGACACUCAAAAGGAAUCUUUUCUUUUUCUGUCCAAUCUGGAUUUUGGAUAAUCUCUAGUAUACCAAAAUUCCCAUCUCUGACAUAUCGGUAUGCAAAGGAGCAAACAUCUAAAGGCCAAAUAUGUUUAUGUGUUUCCAUCGGACUGGAUUUAUGGAAUCACAUGGGCAAACUAUUCCAUAUCACUAAUCCCUACUUUUAUGUAGGAGGUCCGCCAAACUUUAAUUCAUGGUUAACCUAUGAAUAUUCAGUAGUAAGCAGUGUAACCAGGGGAAAUCAACCAUUAAAAAUUUUCGCCAAAAGUCGGGUAUUCAAUGCAGAUCUUUACAGUGAUUUGAUUGCUAAAACCUUUAGGGAUGAUUUACGCGUUCAGACAUGGCAAUCAACUAAAAUAUGCAUCAAACAGAUUUCUCGUAUUGGAUCGAUGCAGUUUUAUGAUGGAUUUAAAUUUAGAUCAACAGUAGAUCAUUCGAAGUGGGCAGUAACCGAGAAUCUAAAUUGGAUAUGUAUUGCAGACUUAAAUAUAAGAAAAUCGCAAUAUGGAAGAGGUGGGCUAGCAGUGUGUCUGAACCACAAAGAUCUUGCAAAUGAAUUCAGAUCCAUCGCCUGGAAUACAAUCCCCUGCAAGGAGAUUCCUUUAGGAGUGUGUCCGUCUUAUGGUUAAAAAACAUUCUUUUACUGUUUUUGAAUACUAAUAUAUUGUCAUCCUCUUUCUGAGGAUCUUCUCAGUAUUUCAGUUGGAAUACUUCAUCGUUAUAUGUGCCGUGUUUUCCGUAAAAAAAAUUACAUUGUAUUUCUAUGACUUUUAAUUGAUUUCACAUGUACAAAUGAUAAGAAUAUAUUUGACUGUCGUCAUGAGAAAAGGGCCCUUAUCUUUUGACGUCACAAUGCGCAGAAAACGACGUCAAAGUCGCGGUAGUGUAAACACGGAAGUAGUUUCUGUCGACUACGUUUUGUGAACACGAAAUGAAAUUGGAUUUCCAGGUGU